UAUAAAUUGUGCGAGUCCAAUUUAUAUUUGACCGAUUAAUGAAUGAGAAAAAUGAGUAUUCUGAGCAUUCCGCACAAAAAAGUUAAAGAAAAAUAAAUCAUAUAGGUAACAAUGUUAUUAAUAUGACCGUGACAACCGUUGCUUAGCUUCGAUCUUUCUUUAGAAUUUAUUCUUAGUUUAUAACGGUAUCAUAAAUGCAUACAUCAUUUGUGUAUACGACAUAGCGCCUGUUAAUAGAAAGCGGAGCCUUGGUAACAGAGAACAGUUUCGACAUCCAGGGUUCGACAUCCUAAAACCAAGAUUAGUAACCAAUCAUAACCUUCAUUCUUCCAAACCCCAUGUAACGCUAAAUGAAUGACUGAAUCUCGGAAGGUGAAGCCAUUAUUAUUUAUUUACAGUUACUAGUUUUUGAAACAUCAUUACCAGUUACCAGUAACAGGUCUUUCUCUUUGUAUGCUUCGUAACAGGAUGCGAAUGUUUAUUGACGUUAACCGUUUGCAUCGAGAACGUUCUCACAGUGAUCGUUUGUUCUUCCACCCGCUAACUAGAAUACGCCGUUGCUUAAAGAUUUUUACAGAAAAUGAAAGUGACCCUUAAUGUGCUGUUUGUUUUCGGAAUUUUCAAUUGCACCAGUAGCCAGUACCUCACCAUUGGUACAAAUAGAAAAACGUCCAAGUCCACAUGCGACCCGACGAGCAAAUCAUCCUUAGUAGAGCAUUUCUUCAACAUCAUCUUCACAGAAUUCCACAACACUCCUCCUGUUUGCGUUUGUGUCCAAAUGUGUCCGGAGCAACCAACCUAUUGCUACCCCAAUGGCUGUCUGAAGAGAGCAGAGAAAAACAAAAAAGUCGAUGUUCCACUGCCAGUGACGCGGCUAAGCGAAAACACGAAACCAAUAUUCUUCAUUGAUGAGAAGAAUGAUUUCAUGAAUGACUUCCUCACAAAGAACUACAUUGAUGAAAGUAAAUCCGUUGCUAUGCCAGUUCCUGCCGUUCUUGAAAAUAACGUGGGAUCAAACCUUCGUCCUGACCCGUUCAAAGACAGGUACAAGAUUCUAUUUAAAUAUAAGAAAAUGCCAAAAGUCGAGCUCAAGUACAAUUUGGGUGAGCAGGUGAAAAACAUGAAAUCCGAUGUUUUGAAGCCUGAAAAUGUAGACGUAUCGAAAACUAGGUGGCCUAUGAACAAGAUCGACCGACGGCUGGGUGGUCAAAGAAUGUAUAAUGAGCCUCAUGUACAAAAAGGCACGACAAACCCCAGGUACUUCAUGACCAUGUUUCCAGACAAAGACAUCGCGAGCUAUCCACCAAAAUACUUCAAAAGAGAACUGCCCGUCAACACAAACAACGAAAACAAAAGCGAUAGUAACGUUGACAUCAAAGCUAUUUAUGUAGUCGGUAAAUCUGAAGCAGAAAACAGCGGGUUCUCACUAGAAAAGUUGAUUGAUAGCUUAAUUGAAAGUAGUUUCGACAGUAACAAUACAGAUCUGAGCAAAAAUGUAAGCGAAAUAGAAAUUGAGACAAGUAUCUCGUUACCAAUACUUAAUGACUCCGUAAUAAUAAAAGAACACUCGACGAUCGUAAACAAUGAAACGACAAAUGUCUUAUCAAUGAACUUUACGAAUGAGAAUGUUGAUAAAAAUAAAUAUACAGAAGAGUUUCUCGAGGGGAAUAACUCGAAGGCCUUCAGUCAAAUGAUAGCAACAUUAGCGAAGAGGAUUGAUAAGCAGAAUAACACAAGUUUAGAAAUGAUGAGAAGGAUAACAGGGGAGUUUGAAUUUGAAACUAAUGUGACAACUACAGAUAGACCAGUCAAACAGACACUUACAACCAGUACUGAUAUUCUAACUACAGAGACCACCAGCCAACCGAUGGAUUACGAAACUAAAACAACGAAAAAGAGCAGACAACGGUUUGUUAGAAGACUACAACAUAGCAAAAAUAAUUAAGAGUCACCUUAACGUGCUUUUACUAAACGUAUGGCCUGACAGUAAUUGUGAAUAGGCUUACUUUGAACUCAAGUAUGAACAAAAUAUUGUACGGCAGAAAUAUGCAAAAGAAAAUUGAAUAUGCAUGUAAAUACAAUCCACUAUGUUAUGCUUACUCACAUUCGGCGACCGUGCGUUUAGUCUAAACACGGCCUUAUAGCAAAAAGUCAUUAUAAUUAUUUUAUUUUUUCUAUGAUAAAUUAAUAUGAAAAUAAUUAAUUAAAAUUACAUUUUUCAAUCUGCUCGUUUGAUAUUAUUUCUUUGCCUCUGGCAAUAUCAAAGUAAAUUAUCAAUUAAUUGAAGUUUCGAAUAUUUUUAAGAUUAUUUGUGUCACUAGCAGUUUAAUAGAUGUGGGGUAUAAUUGGUUUUCAAAGUUAAAUAAAGAAAACUAGCAGACUUUUAAUACAUC